AUGAGUGGUGGAUUGAGAUCCAUUAUGGCGGUGGCGCAGACUGUAGAGGAAUUCUGGAGAGAGACCAAAACGAUGGCCGGAGAAGGGUCGUCAUGGCCGUGGUCAUGGAGCCUCGCCGCCGUACUUCUCAUAUUCACCCUCCGUUUGGUCUCUUCUCGCUUCCGCUCCGUCUUUCGCCGGACGCCUUCUGUUUCAGUUUCCGUCAAACCUAAGGAAGACGAUGAUGUUCUUCCCUCUCUCCGAGCACCUGGAAUUAUCACCGAUUUGGAUUUGGAGAAUCUCAUUAACGAUCUCGAAGAGAAUAAUCCGGACGGCGGCGGUGGCGUAGUUUGGGAAAACGUCAUCGACAAGAGUAACAAUCUUAUUUCAUACAAGGCCAAGUGCUGCAAACCUAAGGAUGGGCCGCUGAAGUACCUGAGCACGACUGUCUUUGAGAAUUGCUCGGUCGAGGCACUGUUGAAUUUUUACAUGGAUAAUAGUUACAGGGUGCAGUGGGAUAAGACUGUGGUUCAUUAUCAGCAGCUGCAGAUGGAUAGUGACUCCUGCACUGAAUUUGGCCGGACGAUUAAAAAGUUUCUGUUCUUAACGCCCAGAGAUUACGUACUGGCUUGGAGAAUCUGGCGGGGACUCGAUGGAUCCUUUUACUGCUUUAGUAAGGAAUGCGAACAUCCUUUGGCUCCUCACGAGAAGCGUUACGUAAGAGUAGCAGUUUUUAGAUCUGGUUGGAGAAUUAGGAAAGUUCCUGGUAGAAAUGCCUGUGAGAUCAAAAUGGUGCACCAAGAAGACGCCGGUCUAAAUGUGGAAAUGGCAAAAGUAGCCUUUGCAAAAGGGAUAUGGAGUUACGUGCGCAAGAUGGAUGAUGCCCUUCGCAAAUACUCUACAACAAGGCAGCAUCAACUAAGUUCAGUCUCCAGUGCCAGCUUGUCUAUUCAAAAGGUCCCACCUCAGUUUGAAGUCAUGAACGAUAAGACCAGCACGGAUAAUCCAGAAAACUCAAAAGCAGCUUGCUGGUCCAAAACGAGGAAACUCAAGAGAUGGCCUUCGAGUAAGUUGAUUGCAAAUGGUUUAGUUGUUCUUGGUGGUGCCAUCUGUCUCUCAAGAGGACAUUCGAGCUUAGGUACCAAGGUUGCCAUGGCCUAUUUGCUGACCAAACUUACUAAGUACGGUGCUUCGUCUGAGAAAGAUUAG